AUGGCAACAAAGAUCAUUCACUUCAGUGUCAACGGGAGGCUGGAGCAGGCCGAGUUCAGGGCCGACUGCUCGGCUGCAGAUGUGGAAAGAUCUGUUCCGGGCGGCGGCGGAGGUCGGCCCGCACCACAUCCUGAAGAUGUACAGCAGCGACGGCGGCGUGGUGAACGUCUCCCCCCGGCUGGAGGCCAACAGCGAGGACUCGUGCUACCGGCUGGAGGUGGUGGCGUCAGAUGUGCAGAGUGUGGGGAUGCCCAAAGAGAUGGACGCCCUGGAGUACAGGCUACAUCAUCUGGAGAGCAAAGUCAGAGCAGACGUGGGCCAGACUCCAGACGUCCUCUGCGAUGUGAAGAGCCAAGUGGAGUCUUUCAAGAGGAAGCUGCAGAGCGUGGAACACCUGAGCUGGAUGGGUCUCUUCAAGGAGGACAGCGACCAUCACCUCUCCCGAAACCCUCUCAGCUGAGCCUGCAGGAGGAGCGCCAGCAAGUCCGCCGGACGUUCCUCAACAUGAACUCGCUGCAGGUGACGGAGGAAGUGAGGGAGCAUCUGAAAACUCCCAUUUUUGACAACUGGCAGUGGGAGGAGGCGGAGAUGCUGCUGCUCCUCCAGGUGAUGUUCACUGACCUGAACCUGCUGACGGAGUUCCACAUGGAGCUGGACAUCCUGCAGAACUUCCUGUUCCAGGUGUACUGCCACUACAACAACAUCCCCUUCCACAACUUCAGGCACUGCUUCUGCGUCACUCAGAUGGAGAAUGUAGUGUGA